AUGGCGAGCAGACAAGGAUUGAGUUCUUCGCAAAGAUUUGGUCAGGGAUCUUUAGGACGAGACUCAAACCCCUCUUCUUCUGGGGGAUGGGGUAAACAAGCCACCAAGAGAUUCAACACCUCCGAAGUAUUCAAGAAAGACCCUCUUUUAAAGAGUUUACAAGGAAAAAUAGCUGUUGGAUUUGGAGAUUAUAAGCCUUGGCAACGGACAAAUCUCCCUAGAUACGUGCCUCCUAUUAAACCUACCGAGGGUGGAAAGGCUAAAAAAUUUCAAAGCAGACCUCUUUCUAGCCAUACAACUCAUUCUACGUUCAGUGUUGGCGGAACGUCGAAGGGUGGCCCAGAUAGUGAAAGACCUCUUAGUGCUAUGACACUUCACACACAGUGUUCAUCAGUUUGUCUGCAUCCAUGGAUCAAAAAACCUGUGUUGACAGCGAUAAAUACUUAUGAUAAGAAAACUAGAAAAACUAUCUCUUUAAUUAAGAUGCAGAUAAAAUUGAGACAGAAAACUCUAGAGGAAUAUCGGAAAAGGAAAGCAGAACUGCUAGAUCAUAACUUGAGUUUCCAAGAUAAGAUUGAAGUAUCAGAAACUAAUGUGCAUAAUGAUGUCAAGUUGCUGCUUGAAAAGUAUGAUAGAUUUAGGGGAGCUUUAGAUACCCUGAAUAAAACCUUUGAUGAGGAUCUUGCAGUUGCAAAAAGAAGCUUAUCGAGUACCAAACUAAAAGUAUCCAAGGAUAUUGGAAAAUUGCAGCAUGAGCUAGAGCUAAUGGAUGCUAAACUACAGAAAAAAUUGAUGGAAGUAAAAGUUCUUCUUAACUAUAAGGAUAAAGAAUAUCCAGAAAAAGCACUAGAAAUUUCAAGACUAAAACGCAAGAAAGAAAUUCUCCAAGUUGCAUUUAAGGAAGAACUAGAGGAAUUAAAUGCUGUGAUAGAUGCAGAGACAAAUAAAUUUAGUGUCAACACAAAAACUACUGAAGAGACAAUAAGAGCAAAUGUUGCUGAGGAAACAAUUGCAUCGUUGAAGCAGAAUAUUAAAGAUAUGGCUGUGCAAAAUGAGAUCAUGAAAAAGGAAAUCAAAAUUCAUGAAAAUGAAAUAAAACUCCUUGAAACUAGAAAUUCAGAAUUAGAAAAAGAAAUAGAAAUUCUUCUAAAAAGUCCAGACCUAAACACAAGAGCACACUUAUUCCCUGAUGUAUUUGGUGAACGAGUCAAAUGUACUCCGGACAUGGAUGUGGUUCUUGAUAUACCAACCCAAGAAUGGCUGCCAAUAUGAUCUUAUGAAUAAAUGAAUAAUUAACAUGUAAAUAGAAAUAUAAUUAAAAGAUAUAUUAUUCAGAAAAACUGUAUAUUUAGUAUAAUUUAGAAUCAAGACUGUAUUUUGAUACCAA